AUGGUAAGAGGCCUGGCACCUCCCCACGGGCUCUCGGCCACCAUCGCCCUGGCUCUCCUGGCUCGGGAGAUGCACAUGACCCCCCGCUGCCGUGGCUACCUGGUCUCUGGCUACCCGAGGCACAUGGACGACGUGCACCAGUACAACCAGAAGCUGGGGAACAUAGACGGUGCUAUUCUGCUCGACUGGAGAGAAUCCACGCUGCUGAACAAGCUGGAAGCAGGAGCCAGGGUGGGCACACUCAUGCUCGACGCCGCUCGGAAGGAACUCUCGGAUUUCCACAGCAAAGUCCUUCCUGUGUGUGAACAUUACGAUAACUUGGGACUUCUUUACGUGGUGUCUGGAGAUCGAAGUCAGGAGGAGGUGUUCCGAGACGUGCAAAGGGCCCACGCGAGAAUCCUUCAGCCGGCUCCUCUCCCGCCGCCGUCACGAGCUUCCGUAGGCUCCUACAGGGAAUACCGGAGCAUGGCGCCCUUCUCGCAGCUCCCUUCGCUCUCCGCUUCCUCCAUCAACGUCAACGCAAACCAGAUGUCGCUCCCGCCCUGCCUCUUCUUCAUGGGUGAGGACUGCACCUGCGGCCCAGGUAGCGACAAGUGGAAGCUCGUGAGCGGCAUCACCUACCUGUACCCCGGGUGGGCGUGCGUGGGCGUGGGCCAGAUGCUGAGAGAGCACAUCGACCGCUGGAAGGAGACCCCCGAGAUAUACGAAGACCUACCCAGCGAAAAGGUGGUAAUGAUCCAGAACCUGAUGACCAAAGGUGAACUCGUUCCUCAGGACCUGGUGCUGCAGCUUCUGAAGGACAAACUGGAGUCGCUGAAGGGGCGCGAGGGCAUCGUGGUCGUAGGUUACCCCAAAGACGUUAUUCAGGCUCAGUCUUUCGAAGAAAAGUUCCACCAGAUUCCGCCGCUGCUGCUCGUCGACUGCUCGGAGCUGGAGCUUGGCCGCAACCUGGGCCGCAGGGAGAGCCGCCUCGACGACAACGUGGCUGCGGCGCGGCGGCGCUUGGCCAUCUACAGGGAGGUCACGCUGCCCAUGCUCAAGGCCUUCGACGAGAAGAACAGACUCAAGAUCAUUGAUGGCGAUGCAGACAUAGAGCAAGUGGAACGAGAGGUGAAGCGCGCCAUCUAUGUAGAGACGCAACUACUCUCCGCCCGCUCCAUCAGAAGUGAGGCCGAGAAAGCCAAGCAAGACCAGUCGAACGGAAACGUCCUGCUGCCUCCCGGACACGAAUUGGAAGUCGAAGUCAGGUCCCUUUCGCACGAAUUCAGCGAUCCGGACACCAACGGCCAAGCCAAUAACAACCAGCCGAAACCGGAUCUUGUUUGA